AUGGCGACCCUCGGCAGCGCCUCGAAGAAACACAAAGUCGCCAUUAUCGGCUCAGGCAAUUGGGGGACAACAAUCGCCAAAGUCGUGGCAGAAAACACCAACGCGAACCCCGAUCUAUUCGAACAGGAAGUCCAGAUGUGGGUGUUUGAAGAGCAAGUCACAGUCGACGACAAGCAGCAAAAGCUCACCGAAGUCAUCAACUCCAAGCACGAAAACGUCAAAUACCUGCCCAAUAUUCCCAUACCCUCCAACAUCGUCGCCAAUCCAGAUCUUGUAGCCGCUGCCAAAGAUGCGACCAUUCUCAUAUUCAACCUUCCUCACCAGUUCAUUGCCCGAACGUGUGCGACUCUCGAAGGACAUAUUGUCCCGUUUGCAAGAGGAAUCAGCUGUAUCAAAGGCGUCGAGGUGACUGAGAACCAGUGUCAUUUGUUCAGCGAGAGUAUUGGACAGAAGCUAGGCAUCUACUGUGGCGCGCUGAGUGGAGCAAAUAUUGCGACAGAGGUUGCGCAGGAGAAGUGGUCCGAGACCACUGUAGCUUACGACCCGCCGGACAUGGACAGCAAACAUCCCACGCCAGUAGGAUCGCGACGAGGCUCGGAAGCAGAUGUCAGUGGGCUGAGCAAGGACACAAAGCUGCAGGCCCUGCCGGCGGAGUACCCUCCUCUCAAUCACGCGAACAUGAAGAAGCUCUUCCAUCGCCCCUACUUUCACGUCCGCAUGGUCCAUGAUGUCGCAGGUGUCUCCCUCGGCGGAGCUCUUAAGAACAUCGUCGCUCUCGCAGCAGGUUGGGUCGAUGGGCUCGGCUGGGGUGACAACGCCAAAGCCGCCGUCAUGCGAGUGGGAAUCAUGGAAGAAGUCAAAUUCGGCAGAACCUUCUUCAGCAACAGCGUACGAACCGAGACUUUUACCGAAGAAUCCUGCGGAGUUGCAGAUUUGAUCACUUCCUGCUCAGGCGGCAGAAACUUCCGCUGUGCAAAGAUGUCCGUGAAAGAAGGUAAAUCCAUCGGCGAGAUUGAGGAGAGAGAAUUGAACGGACAGAAACUACAAGGCACGAGUACAGCGUAUGAAGUGAAUGCUUUCUUGAAGAAGGAGGGUCAAGAGCAAGAGUUCCCCUUGUUCACUGCAGUAUACAACGUUCUGGCCGGCAACAAGAAACCCGAAGACAUACCCGAUUUGAUCGAGGACAAGAUCAGUGAUGCGUAG